UUGUCCCUUUUCGCCGCUGCUUCCUCUUUCUGUUUCUGUUUGUUUCUUCAAAUUUCCUUUUUUAUUUUUUAUUUUUUCAAUUUUAAUCUCUCCCUUUCUCAUUUAAUAUUCCUUUUCUGACUCUUUCCUCUCUGAUAAUUCUUCCAUGUUAAGAUUCUCGUCUCUGCUUAUCCUUUUCCAUUUCCAUUUCCACUCCUAAUUCUCUUUUUAAACGAAUACCUCAGGUUUCACAGAUAAAAAAAAGAAUCGAAAUUGAGAUCUACGAGUCAAUCAUGGCGGAGGAGCACAGAUGCCAAGCGCCGGAAGGUCACCGCCUUUGCGCUAACAACUGUGGGUUUUUCGGGAGUCCGGCGACGAUGAACCUCUGUUCUAAAUGUUAUGGAGAUUAUUGUCUCAAAGAACGACAGCAACAGCAACAAGAAGCAUCUAUUAAAGCCUCUCUUUCCAUUGCAUCUUCGCCAUCUCCUUCUCCACUCGUUGAUUCUCAGCCUCCCACUCCGUCGAUUGCUCUGCCUGAUGUACGAAGUCCGUCGACGGAGGUUUCAGCCGCGUUUGAGCAGCCGAAUCGGUGCUUUGUUUGCAGGAAGCGGGUCGGGUUGACCGGUUUUAGAUGUCGGUGCGGGACCACGUACUGUGGUACUCAUAGGUACCCGGAGAAACAUGGCUGCACCUUUGAUUUCAAGAAGGUCGGAAGAGAGGAGAUCGCGAGGGCAAAUCCUCUCAUCGUGGCUGAGAAGCUGGAGAAGAUUUAAUCUGAACCGUCAGAUCGUAUGACUUUGAAAAACAUUAGAAUGAUCGGGGUUGCAUCAGAUGAACAAUUACCACAGUCGAUCUCAGCCGUAAAUCAUGGACUCGAUCUGGCAAAGAACUAUGGCUUUCCAUAAUUUAUUUUCUCUCUUCCUUUUAAAUAAUAAUAAUAUUAUUAUUAAGUUAAAAUAUAUUAUUAUUAUCAAAUAAUCCGUAUGUGUGCCUUUGAUUGUGUAAAAAGAAAAAGAAUUGGGGUCAGUUUGCAAAUUUUUUAAAUGCCGUGUAGAUUCCUCUUGUUAGGCAACUCGUGAUUUUGGGUUUUGAAUUAUUGGUGUGUAUUGAAAGCAAUGGUAGAAGGCAGCCCAUCUUUUUUAUUUGAUGGAGAGCUUUUCAAGUUGAGUUGAGUUGAUACAGGUGGAAUUGUUAGGUUGGUUAGUAUAAUUUUGUUUGUUUGGCA